CAGUACGAGUACGAGUGCGGUCUUCGACGUAUCCAAAAGCAAACGCGGCUCUUUUUUAAGCGCGUUUUGUAUUAUUCUACUCAUAUAAUUUAUAAUUUGCGUCGCUAUAUGAUUUCUCCUUGUUUCGUAGAACAACAACAACAAACAAACAAACAAGAAUAACGGUAAACAACAGCCAGCAAAGGUUACUGAAACGACAGCAGCAGCAGCAGCAAGCGCAGCAGCCGGUGCAGCCAAGUGAAUCGUAUAAGCAAUUCUUCUAUUGUCGGCAAGAUUUUCAUUUUGCGCAAAAAUUUCAAGUAUUCCAAAAAAAUUCAAAAUCCAAUAGCCGGUGGCUGAACGGCAUACCACGAUCAGGAUCAGGCGGGUGUGUGCAAAACAGUAAGCAAACCAACAACAAUCGUUAGUUUGAAGCAACAUUACGUUUCAGCGUCGCAGCAGCCACACUUCCAAGUUGUCAAAAUCAUUCAUGCAAUCUUCACAAUUCUUCAAGUUUUGAGUCAUUACAAACAAAAGCUCCAAACUUAAUUUGGCAACUUUUCAAAGUUUUUUGGAAAAAUUUGUUGCGCUUUAACGGCAUCUCAGUUGGCCUUCCACCAUUGCAUGCAUAUCUCGGCUGAAACGCCGAAAUUUUUCAAAACAACAACAGCAACACAGCGUCAGUAUUGAAGCAUCAAUAAAGCGUAAUUCGCGUAAAGCCAUCUGAGGAUUCCAGCGGGAAGAUUUCAUCGUCGAACAGCUGUUCAGCUUACACUUUUGCCAACAACGGCUUUAAACAGGCUGCUUGAGUAUACGAUCCACUGAGCUAUCAACAGCAAAAAGCUAAAGAGCAAACGAAAGAGAAAAAAGCAAUCAUUAAGCGCAAGUGAUAUAUCUACGAAUAUCAAAACAAUCAUAAAGCAAAUGAACAAUUCGUGAACAUUUUUGCACAAAUACUUUUAAAAAGGCAUUACCAAUCGAUACAUUUUCAUAUAUAUCGAUAAUUAAACAUUUCAAAAUAUUUUACGAUAUUUUCCUAGAAGUCAAACAUCUUCGGUUGUUCUUAUAUGAUUUCUCGUAACAGCCAAGCGUCAAGCGAAUAAAAAGCACUGACAUUAAAAGUGAGCAUUCCGAAUACAUACGCGAGCAAGAGCGAAAAGAGAGAGUGCACAAAGGCGAGAGUUUAUAAAGGUUACAACAAAAUAGCGACCGCGUUUCCUAGUUGUGAAUUCAAAGUGAUUUAAAUUUAUAGAAAAAGCGAAGCGAAAAUUAAAAAAAUAUAUAUUAUUUGUUCGCCAAAAGACAAAGCGCACCAGCGAAAGCUCAAUAAAAAGCUGCCAAGCUUAAAAGCUAUAGAGUGAUUUGCGCCCAUAAAAUAAGAGUGAAAUUAUAACGGCAGUCAUUAUCAACGCAAUAGAAAAGCAAUUUAGUACGGUAUCAUUAAAACAGUAACAAUAAGAACAACAACAAAAAAAAUUAAAAUAAUUUAAAAAUAAAAACAUUUACAUAGCAAAUAUACUACUAUCACUACUACUACUACUACUACUACUCUACUACUAUUUCUACUACCAAAAGCAAGCAAGCUUGCGUGCCGCCCGUAAAUAGUCGGUGCAGGCGCAGCGUUGCAUUUCAAGCGCAAGCUAUACACGAACUGACCACGUACAGUGUUUGCAGUAUUAUUACGUAAAUAUUAAAAUACCAGAAAGUAAUUAAUAAUAAAUAAUAAAAAUUUGUAACGAUUUUUUCGGUGUUUGUGUAUGUUUGUACUUUUCAUAGCGCCUAAAAAUAUACUACAGUACAUAGCAUAUUUGAACAUUAAAGAAUUUAUUCCACGAAAAGUACGCAACGAAAGCGUUGAAUGUCUCGUAAGUCAAAUAGGUGUACAAGUUUUCUAUAAAAAAUACAAAAAAUAUUACAAAAACAAAAGGGAAAAUCAUUGUAUGGAUGUCUAAGAUUUUAAUGGCAUAAAAACGGAACUGAUUUUAUAUAUACAUAUAUAUAUGUAAUAACAGUUAUACUAGAAAAAAGACUAAAAUAUAUAAACGAAUACUAGAAAAUUAAAAAAAGAAACCAUAUUUUAAACACCAAAAGUGUUGUAAACAAGAUUUUAGACGAAAGUGAAAACUUUUCGAAAACAAGCGUACUUCCAACGACUACAAAAGACGACGAAUACAGCCACGUUAUUACUGUGUGUGAGUGCGCGCAAAUAAAUCGGUUAACAUUAGCAGCUUAAAAAGGCCAAAUUUAAACUUUUUAAACGAAUAAUAUUUACAAAAAGAAGUCGUCGUGUAACGCAAACCGCCAAUGCGACAAGUGAUUAUCGCACAUUAAAUAGCAAGAAGUGAUUUCAGCGUAUGAGUGAACAUUUUUAAUGAUUUAAAAUAUUUUAAACUUUUUCAAAAAUUACGUCAAAUUUACGCCAACAAGUAAUUGACUGCAACAAGUACGUAAAUAGACGAAAAUAAUAUUUUUAAAAUAUAUGCUUUAAGCUUACUAAAAACCUAAAUGAAAAUUGCAUGCAAACACGGAAAAUAAACUUACAGUGAAAAUUGGCAACAUAGCAAGUGGUGUGCAAGCACGCUAUACAAAAACGGCAACAGUGUGUAUAGAAACUUUUGAGAGGAGCCGAGGAGUAAGCUAAUUAAAGCAAGCGAGUUUGUUGUGUGAAAAUUGGCAACGUAGGGAGAGAGAGAGAGUGGUGAGCAAAAUUGCAACUGAACAGCCUGUAAAGUGAUUUUAUAUACCAACUAUACAAAUAAAUGAACUUAUUUACUAAUAAAUAGCAACACAACAAAACAACUGAAGCAAAGCAGCAAAAGUGCAGCAAUCGACGUGAAAAAAAUAUUGGGAUUGAUUAUUUCAACGUGAGCGCAAUCGUGCAGUUGUCAAAAAGGGAGUAGAAACUCUGUGAGUUAGCAAAAUCAAGAGAGCGGCGAAGUAAAUCGAGAUCCAAGAGAAUCUUGCAAAUCUACACCACCAAAUAAAACCAACUAUACUAAACUAAAGAGAAUAGUAGCAGAGCAAAACAAAUAUCCAUAAAAAGGAGCUAACGAAUAAUCAUAUUAAAUUUAUACAAAAGAGAAUAUAAAACCAACAGUUUAUAACAACAACAAUAUAUAUAUAUAUAUCUAUAUAUAAAUAUAAAAACGUGACAUACAAAUACCAAUGUUCCAUAAAGCACCAGCAGAUCAAGAGAGCAACAGCACCAACAGCAGCAGCAGCAGCAGUUAAGAGAGAAAAAGAGAGAGUAAAGCGAGAACUUAAUACAACAUAAAAGCAAAUUUUUAAAUAAAAUCUUAGUGAGCGGAGAAUAUAAAUUAUAUAAAAAUAUAAAUAUUGCUGUCUUUUUGCAUUUUUGCAAUUUUAUAAAAAACAAAAACAAAUAAUAAAAAAGCAAAUAUUAUAAUAUAUAUAUAUAUAUAUAUACUUACAAAGGCGAAUCAAUACACGAACAAUCCUUUGAGAAGCAGAGAUACACACUUAACGAACAUAAAGAAUCAUUAGCAAAAUUUACUCUUUUAACUUAAACAACAACAACUAACUAAAGAAAAACCAAAAAGAAAAAAUCAUUGAAAAAUCAAUUUUACUAAAAAGAAAAAUUUUAGCGAAAGAAACUCAUAAACACACAUACAAAGAAACGCGCGUAAAACGAUCGUAGUUGAUCUAAAACCCAUACACCAAGCAGCAACGCAGAGCGAAAGCUACCAAAAACGCACGAAAGCUCAAAGUGGCCACAAGCGAAAGCUCCACGCCAACAACACAGUGUAAAGUCUUCUAGUCAAAAACAAAAAAAAAAAAAAACAAGCAAAAAAGUAAAUAAAUAAGCAAAGCUAAAACUAUUUGCAAUUUGUGUAAAGAUAAUUUUUAGCGAAAGCUUACUUAAACUAACUUACAUACUUACUUACUUACUUACAUACUUAAUUUCCAACGGGACUUGUGCAAAGCGCAAUCAAAGCUCUUAUAAAAGAAAUAUUUAAAUUAAAUUAAAUUAAAUUUAAGCGACAUUUAAACAAGCAGUGAGACUAAUUACUAAGCAACAACAAAUCAUUCAUACAAAUAAAGCAACAAAGCGCUAAGCAAACAGUACAGUUAGAUAGCCAGGCGAACGCAAGUGCAUAGUUCGAAAGCGAGAAAGUGCGUGUGUAGGCAGAUCAUAGAUCGUGCGCUAACAGCAAGGAAGUUAAACGAGUAAGAGAGAGAGAGAGCACGCGUUCGAGCGCACACAACCGUUGAGAGCGAACUUCAAAAUUACGCCCCAAAAGCAAGCAAGCGCCGCAACAACAGCAGCAGCAGCAGCAACAACAACAGCCGUUAAUAAAAAGCAAACGCCACAAGCAAGCACCGGCAAGAAAAUGACCAACGCCAUGGAUAUCGUGAAGAAUGGCAGCGCCAAUGGCUCCGUCGAUGGCAGCUCGGAUGAGUCGCGCACCAACUUGAUUGUGAACUAUUUGCCACAGACAAUGACGCAAGAGGAGAUGCGUUCGCUCUUCUCGAGCAUUGGCGAAUUGGAGAGUUGCAAGCUUGUGCGCGACAAAGCCUCAGGUAAUUUGGUGUUGCCAGCUUCGUUGACCGCACUCAAUCCGGCAUUGCAGCAAGUCGGCCAAAGCUUGGGCUACGGUUUUGUUAACUAUGUACGCGCCGAGGAUGCUGAGAAGGCCGUCAAUACAUUGAAUGGCUUGCGUUUGCAGAAUAAAGUGAUUAAAGUAUCAUACGCCCGUCCAAGUUCGGAAUCAAUAAAGGGUGCUAAUUUGUAUGUAUCGGGUCUUCCCAAAAAUCUAUCACAACCAGACUUGGAGGCACUAUUCGCAUCAUAUGGCAAGAUAAUUACAUCUCGUAUACUCUGUGAUAAUAUUUCUGGUCUAUCGAAAGGUGUCGGUUUUAUACGUUUCGACCAACGCAACGAAGCCGAGCGCGCUAUACAGGAAUUAAAUGGUAAAACGCCCAAAGGUUACACCGAACCAAUAACUGUUAAAUUUGCCAAUAAUCCCAGCAAUAGCGCCAAAGCUCAACUCCCACCACCAUUGGCCGCUUAUCUGACACCACAAGCGGCUGCCGCAACGCGUCGUCUCGCUGGCGCACUGCCAUCGGCUGGACGUAUAAGCAUUGGAAAAAGCCCGAUGUUAGCCAUUAACAAGGGUUUACAAAGAUACUCACCAUUGGCUGGUGAUCUCUUGGCCAAUUCCAUUUUGCCCGGCAAUGCAAUGACCGGCUCCGGCUGGUGCAUAUUCGUUUACAACCUCGCACCCGAAACGGAGGAGAAUGUCUUGUGGCAGCUGUUCGGCCCAUUCGGUGCCGUCCAAUCGGUCAAGGUUAUACGUGAUUUACAGACGAGCAAAUGCAAGGGUUUCGGCUUCGUGACCAUGACGAAUUACGACGAAGCGGUUGUGGCAAUACAAUCACUCAACGGUUAUACACUCGGCAACAGGGUGUUGCAAGUUAGCUUUAAGACAAAUAAAACCAAAACCGCUUAAGUGAGCUUGAGUGGUGUUAAGAAGAAGAAGCAAAACAACAGCAACUAUAAGAAAAACAGCAAGAAUGUGAAGGAAAAUGAAAGAGAAGGCAAAACGGCGGUAGUGAAAGAGAACGGGAGCGCAAGCGCAAGCAAAGUGUUGAUGAAAGAGAAAUAGAGCGUAAGCGCAAGCAAAGCUUUUGUUGACGCGCGCGCUUACGUGAGCGCAAAAAUAUGUGAGAAAAAGAGCUGAAGUUGAGACCGUGAAAUUAGCGAAAGGAAAGCAGGAUGUAUAAGCAUGAAGUGUAAGCAACAACCAGUAAACACCGCAGUUCAACUAAACGACAGCAAAAAAGUUAAAAACAUGCAAAAAAAAAUAUAUAAAAAAUUUACAUAAAUUAUAUACACAUAUUAUAUAUGAAGCUGUAGUUAUGUGUGCAGGAGAGACAGUUGAAAAAUAUUAACUAUACAAAAAGUGUUGAAAAUGAAAUUGAGAUUUACCACUAGUCACACAAAAAAUUAAAAAAAACAAAAACAAAAAUAUUUUUCAUUGAAGAAAAUUAGUAAAAAUUAUAAGUUGUGCAAAAUUAAAUUUAGUUUUGUAGUAUUUAUUGAAAUUCGAAAAUUUGUUAGCAAAAAAUGUAAGAGAAAAAUACGAAAAACGGAGCAGAGAACGGCAUAUGGCAAAAGGGAGUAGGGAAAGCGUGAAAUUGUCUGCACAACGCAAUGCUUUCUAGCAAUAUUUUUUUGUGUGUUCAAGCGAGCCGAAAGUAGUUGAGCGUGAGCGCGAGAUAACAGCAGCAGCAAGUGCAAAAGCUUCGCCAUAAAUAGUGAGCGGCCAAAAGGGUUAAAAGAGCGCAGAAAAUAAACCAGCGUGAGCAAUGAAAGAGCACAGCGACGCUGUUAAUUGGUAUGAAGCAAAAGCUUUGCAUGGCAACACCCAAUCAACACUGGCACAAAUAGUUUAACACAAAAAUCAACCCUGAAAAUAUUCAAAAGAAAAAUGGAAAUUCUCAAAACCUAAAGAAAGGGACAUAAAAAUAAUAUGAAAAUAAAAAUAAAGCAACAAAUAAUUCUCAAACUCAUCGUAUAACUACUUAUGCAUAUAUAUAAAUAUAUAUUUAUUACUUAUUAUUAACUAUUAUAAUUAAAUAACUUAAAAUUAUUAUGUGGAAAAUAUUUAAGCAAAAUUUAUUUAAACAAAAUACUUAGUCACACUUGUAAACCCACUUUUUAAACUAAUUACUUAAUUGUACUUAAUUAAAUUGUAUUUGUAUUUGUAUUUGUCUAUCAUAUUAUAUAUAUACAUAAACACACAUAUAUAUAUAUAUAUAAAUUUAUGAAUUUUCGUAAUUAAUUAAUUUAUUAAUUUCGUAGUUUCAAAACAAAAACAAAAAAAUGCUGAGAAAAAAUACUUAAAAAUCUAAUUAUUAUAAAUUCAUAUAUUAAUUAUUGCAUGAAACAUAAAUAAUGAGCGAAAAAAUAAAAUAAAACAUAAUAAACAGACAUACACACACACAAAGUAAAGCAACCGAUACGCAUAUUUUACAGCAUAAAAUAUUUAUAUAAUAACAGUAUCAAAACAAAAACAAAAAACCAAACAAAUAAAAAUAUACAUACAAUACAUAAAUAAAAUAAAAUACAAAAAAAAACAAGCUAUUUGCUAUUAUUAAAUUAAUUAUUAUUAUUAUUAUAAAUUUAUUAAUUGAUAUUGCCAUGAAAUUAACUAAAUAAAUGUGUGAAUUAUUUGAAAUUUUAAAACCGAGUGCAAAUUACAUCUAGAUGGCAACCACGCGCCACGUGCGCAACACUGAUUGGCUAUAGCAAUUGUGGAGUGUGAGCGAUUAGCAUAGCGGAUAGAGGAGGGAAGCAGCAAGAGUGUGGCGAGAGUGAGAGGCAGAACGAAAGCGAGAGUGAGAGAAACAGAACGCAAGGUGGUAGAAGGAAAAAGAUAGAAAGAGAGAGGAGAAGAAAAGCAGAAGUGGUGAGCGAAAAGAGCGAGAGAACGAGAGAGAGCUACAGUGUUGGCAGGAGUUAAAGUGCAAAGGAGAGAAGAAGAAAGAAGUUGUAGUGAAAGUAAAAGAGAGGAACAUGAGGCGUUAGAAUGCAACAGAAAUAAACAGAAAGCGCAGCAGUUUGAUCGUGAUAAAAAGCAAUGAGAGCAGAGCUUUGCUUAAAUAAAUAUAACAGCUGCACAAUAUAGACGCUGAGAGUGCUGAUUGAGAGUUUGGAAAGCUGGUGCAGUGGCAUGUAAAAGCUAGUAAUAGCAAGGCGGUGAUAGUGAAGCAAAUUGCACCUGAAGUGCACGCAGCAAUUGUUGUGGCGUGAAUAAAACAUUUUCAAGCGAGUGCGAGUGAUUUGAGUGCGAAGUGUACUGAAACAGGUAAGAGCAAAACAAUAUUGGCGAAAUCCGGGCAGUAAAAUCAGGAAAGCUGGAGAAUAUAUUUUGUGUAAUGAUUCAGUAAAGUUUCACACCCAGCAGCUGAACAAAACUGUACGCAGAACUCUACAAAAACGAUCAGCUGUUACGUUAGCAAAUGCAGAAUGCACCAAAGUGUUGCUGUUACUGGCAAAAGCUUUCGUGUUUCCGCCCAUUUGUCGCUUUUUGUUGAGAUCUGUCGCGUUUUUUGGCGCGCUUUCGUUCGCGCUUUCAUUGGCGCUUCUCUCUCUCUCUCUCUCUCUCGCCCUAAUGUGAGGCUGCGUGUUUUAGCUUAGAGAUCAUCUUUUGGGUUUAGUGCUGUUUGAGAGCUUUCAUUAUUUACACACUUUACUUCUCUCACUCUACACUAAAUAUGAAUCACAACUAUUUAUAGUUAAUCAAAUGCGAUCAAUGUUUUAAAAAAAUAACCAGCAAAUUUUUAUUAAAAUAAAAUAUUAAA